AUGCAUAUACUCCACCUCACAAUCAUUGUUCAAUAUCUGAAGAGUGGCCUUACUAGCCAUGGGGCUCAAGCUGAAGCAGAGCAAUACCCAGAGAUUACUGCAGAUAUCCCUGGGGUGAAUGAGAGGGGCAUGUUCCUGGAGACUGAAGCGGAAGAUGAGACCAUUGUGUAUGUCGCAUUGCAGUUGCUUUUAGAGACAGUCACUUAUCUCGGCCACCCGAUGAAUGUCGAGUGGACAAUGAGCUAUGUAUGGCUACAUGUAUGUUUCGCCGCAGCAAAUUACAAUACUGUAGCAGAUGGUGCUCUCCGUCGUGUUAUAGACAAAGGGUUCCUGGCUUGUAUCGAAGUCAAGUUGAAGCGAAAACGAAAAAAAGGGCUGGAGAAGAUUCUCGUACAAGAGACUGUGUAA